AUGCCCGUCACGGAGUCCACUAAGCUGCUGUGUGUUUGGAGGCCUUCUGGUGAGGAAGCAGCUCGCAUUCCAGUCUCACAUCUGGGUCAUGUGGAUGAGCUGAAGCAGCUGUUGCAUUCCCUCCUCGGGGUCCCACGGUUCCGGCAAGCCAUCGUGCAUGGAGAUGUCAUCUUGGAUGAUCAUGCCCGAUUGUCCGCCAUGUCGGAUGUACAGCUGGUGGUGCUUCCGGUCUCCAAUGCUUCCCCAGAGGAUGCGCGCACCUUCCUUUGCGCAGCAAUGUGGGGCUGGGAGUGGAAGGUCGAGGAGAUGGUGCGAGCAUGUCACGACCCGAACUUGGCUGCAGAUUUCGCCGGUGAGCUCCUGACACCCAUCCAGGCAGCUUCGAAGGAAGGCCAUCGUGAGAUGGUGAGUUUGUUGUUGGAAGCUGGAGCGCAGGAUGUGUCUGACGCCGGCAACCAAGUCGCUCUUACUGCCGCAUCCAUGGCCGGCCAUAGUGAUGUGGUUACCUUGUUGUUGGAGGCUGGUGGUGACAGAGGCCGGGCGCUUGAAGCCGCUUCUCUUUCUGGCAAGGUCUCUGUAGUUCGUAUGCUCCUGCAGUCUGGAGCUGAAGGCCUCACGACUUGCUCUCUUCGCGAAAGCCUCGUAGUUGCAUCAUCCAACAACGAUGAGGAGAUCGUGUCUAUUCUCUUGGAAGCUGGUGCCCUGGACACUGUUGACUGGGGCUGGCCGAAGGCCGUGGCAGCUUCGCUGUUGUGUGCAUAUGCCUCAGUAGAUAGGUCCACUGUGAUUGUGUACAUGGCCCUUCCUCUGGUGGUGGUCUUGAGACAAACGCCACACACAUCACCUGCUAUACUGCUGCCCUUGCAGCUACUCAUUCUGCUGAUGCUGCCGCGGAAGAUACUUCGGGCCCGCACGUCAUCCUCAUCUCUAGCUGCCAUCGUCUGUCAAUUGCUUGUCCCCCUAACGAUACUCUUUAGAGGCACUUUGCUGCAGUUUCCGAUGCUGCUCUUCAUGAUCGUGCUCUUGCUCUUCCCCACCAAGAUCGUGCGCUUGCUUUUGGCCAGCUCCACAGCGGCAGCCGCGAGGCUCUUGCGUGGCCACUGCUUCUCUAGGAGACAGCAGGGGGGUGCCAUGGCUGCCCAAGUUGCCCUCGUAGCUCUACUAUAG